CUGUCCAUGUUCAAUGUAUGUAAAGAAAGUAAAAAAACCAUAAUCACAUAAAAAGGAUAUGACAGUGUAACCACUGUCUUUUGUCUCGCAGUGAUUUACCGUUAUCUAGCAAGUAGCUACCGUACUCUCAAGAGAGCCAUGGGAGAAGUUGAUCCAGCUUUCAUCCAAGCCACCGAACACAGACCCAAACUCAAUACCAUCCAAAUCGAGGGAAUCCCACUUAUUGAUCUUUCCGUAUCUGACACUAGAGACCUCAAACAACUUGUUUCGGAGAUUGGAAACGCAUGCAAAAAGUGGGGAUUUUUUCAAGUGAUCAAUCAUGGGGUGCCUUUGGAAUUAUGCACAAGGAUUAAGGAGGCGGCGAAAACAUUCUUUGAUCGGCCCAUAGAGGAAAAGAUGAAGGUUAAACGAGAUGAAGUGAAUGCUAUGGGGUACCAUGAUAGCGAGCACACAAAGAACGUUAGAGACUGGAAGGAAGUCUUUGAUUUCUUGUUAGAAGAUCCAACUUUUGUCCCAGCUUCGCCUGAGCCUGAGGAUAAAGAAAUAAGGACGUUGACUAACCAGUGGCCUGAGAACCCUCCCGAGUUCAGGGAGGUGUGCCAGGAGUAUGCUCGAGAGGUGGAAAAGCUAGGUUACAAGCUGUUGGAACUCAUCUCCUUAAGCUUAGGCUUGCCGGCUAACCGGUUGAGUGGCUACUUUAAAGACCAUACAGGCAUGCUAAGACUUAACUAUUAUCCUUCUUGCCCUUGCCCUGACCUAGCACUUGGUGUUGGUCGACACAAGGAUGCUAGUGCCUUAACUGUCCUUUCUCAAGAUGAUGUUGGAGGACUACAAGUAAAGAGAAAAACUGAUGGAGAGUGGAUUCCUGUUAAGCCAAUCCCAAAUGCCUUCAUCAUCAAUGUUGGUGAUACUGUUCAGGUCUGGAGUAAUGAACUUUAUGAGAGUGUGGAGCACAGGGUGGUGGUGAACUCUGAAAAGGAAAGGUUUUCAGUUCCAUGCUUCUUUUUCCCUUGUCACUCUGUCAUGGUGAAGCCACUGGAGGAGUUAGUCAAUGAGCAAAAUCCAGCAAAGUAUAAAGAAUACAGCUUUGGAAAGUUUUUUGUUGCUAGAAACCGCAGUGAUUACAAGAAGCUUGAGGUUGAAAACAUUCAAAUUCAUAAAUUUAAGAUAUCUAAUUAAGUUGCUGAUGUAUAUACAAACCUGCUAAUAAAGCACUAGAUUCGGCUUGUUGUAAUUUAUCAUGCUAUGGAACCUUGAUAUCAGAAUAAAAAUAUUUCUUCUCAACCCAAGAUUACUUUCA